UACUUCAGAUGUUUAUCACUUGGCCUGCAGGUGCAAUGCAUUAUGAUGCUCAAAAAAAGAGACAAUUUGAUUGGCUACUGUGUGCCAACUCAAUUCUGAUUGGCUGGAAGUGGACAGCAGAAGAGGGACAAGUCCAGGCAUGUUUAGUAGGAAAAUUUCUUUCUCCUCCUUUCUCACUCAGUUCCUUCUCACAUUCAUUCACAGAUCGCAACUUUGACAGAACGUCAGUGCGUAGUCGCUCUUUUCGCCGCCUGAAUCGAGCCUUCAGUGUCCUGAGGAGGACCAAGAGUGGAACAGCAGUGGCCAAUGAGGCCACAGAGGAGCGAGACAACCUCAGAAAUGCCAACAUACCACCGGAGGUAUUUGCAUUACCUCAGCUGCAUCAUCUAAUCCCUGAUGGUGAAGUCACCAGUAUUAAGAUCACCAGGGUAGAUCCUUGUGAACCACUAGCUAUCAGCAUUGUCGGGGGCAAUGAGACGCCUCUGGUUCGCAUCCUCAUUCAGGACAUCUACAGAGAGGGCGUCAUCGCUCGGGAUGGAAGACUGCUACCUGGAGAUAUGAUCCUCAAGGUGAAUGGUAUAGACAUCAGUAACGUGCCUCACUGUUAUGCUGUGGCGGCUCUGAAGCAGCCCUGCACACUGCUGCGGUUGACUGUUCUGCGAGAGCAGCGCCACCGUUACCAUUCCCAUCAUCACUCUCCCACCGAGGCCUUCCCCACCCACACCCCCACCAUCAGGGACGACAGCCUGCAUGUGGUCCUCGUUAAGAGGGCUCCAGACGAACAGCUGGGCAUCAAGCUGGUGCGCAGACCUGACGAACAUGGCGUCUUUAUCUUCCACCUGCUGGAGGGGGGUCUGGCCGCCCGCGAUGGGAGGCUAAGGGUAGACGACCGCGUGCUGGCCAUCAAUGGCCAUGACCUGAGAUACGGCACUCCUGAGCAUGCAGCACUGCUUAUUCAGGCGAGUGAGGACCGCGUCCACUUCAUUGUGUCCCGCCAGACUCACAUCCCUACUCCGGACAUCCUACAGGAGGCGCCGUGGAACAUGGAGGGACCACCGCCCUACUCGCCUGUGGAUAUUGAGCACUCUUUACUGGAUUCAUGCCAAAAGCCUGCAUGUUACGAGAAGACGGUGACUCUGUUGAAGGAGCCGCACGAUUCUCUCGGCAUGACGGUUGCGGGUGGGAUGAGCAGCAGGGGGUGGGAUCUGCCCGUCUACGUCACCAACGUCGACCCCAAUGGAGUGGUUGGACAAGAGGGCUCGAUCCGCAAAGGUGACAUCCUUCUAAAUGUAAAUGGGCUUGACCUGACGGGUGUGACUCGGAGCGAGGCCGUGGCUAACCUGAAGAACACCUCGUCCCCGGUGGUCCUGCGGGUACUAGAAAUGAGACCCCCAAAUGAGAGCUCCUCUCUGGACUGCAUGCCGCCCCUGCAUUCCCCCUGUGCUCUCUCGCCCUCUUCACCCGGAGAUAUCAAACUACCCCCGCCUAAUGAUGAUUACUCCCCCCUCUGGGUGUCCUGGCUCCAGCUGCCCAGGCAUCUAUAUUGCUGUAAAGACAUUGUCCUCCGUAGGAGCACAUCUGGCAGUCUGGGUUUCAGUAUUGUGGGUGGACAAGAAGAACUCAACUGUAACCAGUCCUUCUUUAUCCGCUCUAUCGUAGAGGGCACACCGGCCUACAACGACGGCAGGAUACGCUGUGGAGACAUCCUGCUGGAGGUGAACGGGAAGAGCACUUGGGGAAUGACACACACGGCUCUAGUCCGCCUGCUCAAGGAGCUGAGGGGUCGGAUCACUCUCACCAUCGUUUCUUGGCCUGGAAGCCUGCUAUAGGACUGCUCUGCAUGUGGGAGGGGCUUAUCACAUUGACCCUGGACUAGGGGGUGGAGCUUACACUACAGACCUUUUAAUGACAAAUAAAAUGGUGGAUUUGAGAAUCCGAGACUUCCUUGAAAGGUGGGGCUUAUGAUACGGACUGCCCUCCGGGAGCAGGAAAUGACACAUGGACCUCAUUCAGGUAAUCGGAGCUCAGACUCUAAACUUGAAGGCGGAGCUAAUGACAUGACUCCGCCCACGAAGAAGCACGUUUAUCACACUCCAAAACCAGGAGGAGCUUUCACAAUUGCCCUUUUGUCAAGGCAUAAAGAUGAUAUGUGUGCAUGAGAGGAACAUUGUGUCAUUACAGAUGGAAGGCGGAGCUUUUAAUCUGUAUUAAAGGACUUGGGAGAGUCUAAAAACACAAUUUCAGGAUGCAACGAGGAGCGCGUCAGUCAAUAAAUGAGUCGGAAAUAGAUGUAUAAACAUUAUGGGCACUGUGCUAUAUAUAGUCAGAUUGUGUGACUCUAUUGUUGUUCGUAGAGGACGUUGAGAUGCUGCACAUAAGAGGGGUUUCCUUCGAACGAGAGGUGAAAGGGAUACUGGGAUGUGUUGGGUUUGGGUGGGGGACACUCGAUGCCAAUUCCAUUAGUUUUACAUGUUAGAAAAUUCAUCGAAGUGGACGCACAUUCUUUACUAUAAACGUCGAUGUCUGAAAAAAUAACGAAACGGAUUCAAGCACUUGUACUAUGACUAAUACUAAUUUUGGUUUAUUUCUCUCUGUUCCUAUGGCUUUCGGAUAUUGGCUUCGUUUUGUUCGUUCUGACAGUGGUUCGUUCUCUCCAUCCGCUGGCAUGGAGACACAUUUGCCAAGUAGUUCUAUCCAUGUUGGUACGUUUCAGAGGCUGUCGCAUAUGAAAAUAAAUUAUAGCGAGUAAUAAAAAAGAAUAGCAACUGAAAAAAAGAAAAGCAAUGUUAAUAAUCUAUUUUAAAAAUGGAUGAUAACUUAUAAUGCUUAUAAUGAUAACGUGAGAUUUUGGCGGCCUUGCUGACUUUUUUUUUUGUUUACUUUGGAGGUGAAAGGAUAGGACAGAGUGGUGUGUGAAAAGCUCACUGUGUGAGUGUGUGUGUGUGUGUGUGUGUGUAGGUAUCAUUGUGGAGUAAGGUGCGUGCUCUGGCAUCUCAUGCUUUGGCUUGUGCAGUAUAUUGUAUCUGUUGGUACCUUUGGUUCAAUGAUCAAUAAAGUCAUUCUACA